AUGAGUCCGGAACACAGGACUGCCACUGGUCGCCGCCACCAUGCUCAAGUUGAUGGUGCAAAUGACCCUCCUGGCUCCUCAAACCGUGCCUCGGUUGACUCAGCAUUGGUAGAUGCCAUCACCAGAAACAUUGUUCAGCAGCUUCGUGCAGCGUCUAUUGGCCAAUAUGGGCGGCAUCGGACGAAUACACACGCCCCGGUAGAUCGUCCUGGCUUAUCGCGAACCUCGAGCCAGCAGGAGGUAGUCGACCGCUUUGCCAGUGACCUGAGGCAAUAUGCUAAGAGUCGCACAAGAAAGGAGACAACCAUUCCCACAAAACAAUCUGCUCCAACUCUUCGAACUGUAUCAGCGCUUAUGCCAUUUCGGUCCGAGUUUGAACUUGCCGGCCUCGCCGUAACAUCCAAAGAACAAGCCAACCGCAUCGACAGCUACAUCACCCAAGCUGUCGAAGCGAGGGCACCACCAGAGGCAGGCCCGUCUGGCAAGCCUUACCAUCGCAAGCCUGCUCUAGGAGGACCUUCUCAGGUAGAUGGAUUUGAUGAUACGGGCCCAAGUGAUAGCCCGAAUACCGAAAUUUCUUUUGCGCCUUCCAACGGCAUGGAUGAGUGGCGCUAUGCGAUGAUUGACGAGGUUCCGAAGAAGAAGAAAAGAGACAAGGCAAAUACACGCCAAAGGACCAAAAGACACUGUCUCCAUUGCUUCGACCACAGCCCUUCCACGGCAACGGAAGAAGGGCGGGCUCCUCCCCGGAAAUUAGCCACUGCCCCGGUACCAAAGUUUCAUGGAGGCAUCGGCCCCCCUCCGCCCGUGCCACCCCCGCCCGUGCCGCCUCGACGACCACCUCGUCCGAAGGUUGGGUUGUUCGAUGUUGAGCCUGCUAGAGGGCCGUCUGCAUCACAGGAAAUUCCGAGUUCUGAAAAUCACGCACUCAGCCCCAAAAUGCUGCCUUCACGACCAGGUAACAAAGACAAAGAAAAAGCCCCGGACAUUGCCAGGCGACGCUCGCCGCACCCACGUGCUGUAGUCGCACAACGGGGUGCUUCUCCAAACAAGAAAAAGCGUUCCAGUCCGAAAAGGCGUAUACCGCACGAAAACACGUCCAAGCAAUACGACAGGACGUUGCAUCAAGCGACACCUAUAGACCUGAAGGCAGCUGUUGAAGAGGCCAUGAAUGGUCAAAAAAGCGACAAAAUCACUUCUUCCAGGCGGCCAGAACUGCGGGACGACCUUGCCGACCACAUUAGUAUUUGCUGCAGGAGCAGCAGGGGCGUGCCGUCGCGAGCGAAUGCUAGACCAAACAUUCCUCGACGUACUUCGUCCAUGUCACAGUUUAUGUUUUCUUCCGAAAUUGAUUUUGAUGACAGGGAGAUUACUGAUCGUGACGUGCUUCGAGGUCUUCACAUUGCAGCAUCUGCCGCCUGCGAUGAGGAAGUGGACGCAUUUGUGCGCAACCAAACUGGUCUUCGCAUUCGCCGAUUCUUAGCGGAUCUCAUGACGUUGGAAACGCUCGCGGUCAAUCCUCCGAUAGACAAGAAACAAUGGGCUCGUCAGCGACGGGCAGACAUGAGAAGGCUAAAGCAGCAGAUGCGGCGUUCUUACGAGAUCAAUCGCAUAGGGCAGGCGAAGCAUUUAUAA